AUGAGCAAGUUCAAUCCACACAGUGACUUCAGAUCCAGUUCAGAAGUCAGUGUUAACUUUAACAACAGGGGUCUGAAUGCAAGGGAAGCGUACACACCACCUACAAGGCUUCCCACAGGAGGAAAUAUGAAAAACAGCCAAAGGCAAGUAGAAUGUCCACAGUCUGAGCCAAGAUGUACAAGACCACCUAGAUCAGAGCAAAGGAGAACUGGAGCAUUACUGGAAGUCCCACCUACCAGAGGUCAGCAAACAGCAAGAAGCAGAAGCCAAGACCAGAGCAGAACCAGAGCGAGUACUAAAAGCAGGUCACCUGCACAGUUACUGGGUGAAAUUUUGCCAAGGCUCCACCAUAGCUCAUCAUCUCCAACUUUUGAGCAGCCUGUGGUACGUGAGACGGAGAGAUUUUCUAGAACUCAGCACCAUGAAACAUCGAGACAGCAAAUAACUGCACGUGAAUCACAAAAACGGGUUCUUUUUGCCAAUUCUGAAACAAGGGAUGCCAUACAAGGAGAAUCUUCUCCAGACACAACCAGCGAUGGUGAAUCUUGUCACCUGAGACAGAUGAAUCCAACUAUAUCCUUCUAUUCUGAAACAGGACGAGUUCAUCCUAUAGCAUAUUCUGAGAGAGAAAGCGUAACUAGGAGAACUCAGAUACCAUCUGAGACACCAAAUCAUACCAUUACUUUAGAAAGUGAGCCAGGAGGAUUUGGGCAUAUGUUUUCACCUUAUGAACAGGGAGAUAUGAGAUAUGUCAGUACCUUUGGGAUUCCCAUUUAUAGAACUUUAAAUACUGGUUUAAAUGAUACAACAUCUGGUGCAAUUCCAAGCAUGUUAAGCCUGACAAUGACAGAUUUUAGUUACUCAAGUAGCCUUCUGGACAGUGACAGUGAUUCAGAGCUUAGUCUCUCACCGCUGACACCAAACACGGGAAGGGCACAGUCAUCCAGUGGAAGCGACAGUUCUCAUGGUAGUAGGGGUUCAGGUUCCAAUUCAACUUGUAGCUAUGAUUACUGGCCACGUCCCAGAUUGACUUCUAGUUCAGACUCCAGUUACACGUCUGGUUCCACCUCUAGUCCGACGUCCAGUUCCAGCUCCAGUGAUGAAAGUACAGACCCUCUCGUAGUGUUGUUUGAAAGCAGUGACGAAGGUGAUGCUUGGCCUUCCCUUGAUGACCAUCCUAUGGGACUGAGUGAAGCACAGAUUGACAACUUGGCUAUAAGAUCUUCUGUUAAAAAUGAUACAUUAAAUGAGUGUAGCAUUUGCAUCUCAGAGUACAGAGAAGGCAGCCAGCUUCGCAUCCUCCCUUGCUCCCAUGAAUUUCAUGUCCACUGCAUUGAUCGCUGGCUUUCUGACAACUCUACCUGUCCUAUUUGUCGCCGGAACGUAGUGGAUGCUGGUGACAGAGAAAAUACUGAUUGA